AUGGAUAAAUCGACCGUUAAUCGACAAGCUUUAAAUAUUGUGACAAAUCAACCAAUUCGAAAAACAUCUAAUCAGAAAAAUGAUCUUCUAUCUAAAAUUCGACCACCAACAUCCAAUAAACCAAAUCUAGUGCAACAUCUAGCUCAAUCAAGUUCAAUUCAAAUAUCAUCUGGAUUAAAAAUUUUAAAUACACGAAUUCAAGCAAAUAAUGAUCCAUCUUACCAACCAUUAGUAACAAUUAGUGAUAAUGAUAAUUCUGACGAAGAUAAUUUUGUUUCACCAGUACAUAAAUUAACUAGAAAUGAAUUACGUGAAGAAUUAAAAACAUUUCGUCAAAAUGAAGAUUCUGUUAGGAACAGUACUAAUCAUGCCUUACUUGCCAACGACAAUGAUGAUAAUGAUGAUGAUACAGGUGAUAUAGAAUUUCGUACUCAUCCAACAAUAAAACGUUCUAUUUGCUGUUUUCAAUAUCCAUUUUCAUUUAAAAAAGAAACCUUGUGUACCAUAUCGUAA